AUGAGAUUUGAAAAAUUGAUAAAAUUUAUUUUCUUCUUAACCUGGAGUGUAUUCACUGUUUUGGCACCCGGUUACCUACAAUCUAACCGGGACUAUAUUCUUAACGUUGUCGGGAACGACAUCAAAGAACCGAUAAACCUUGUGAUUUCCAUCACCGGUACUUCGUACAACGUGUCCCAAAAGGUCAAACUUGACAAGGUCGACAAUAACAAACAAGUUACUUUCAAACUACCCGAUCUUGAAGAAGGUGAAUACAAUCUAAGAGCAGAAGGAAUAUUAGGUUUGGAGUAUCGAGACACAAGGGACAUCAUUUGGGAGUCCCCUACACCGAUCGUAUACGUACAAACCAAUAAGUUUACCUAUCAGCCGGGUGAUACGAUUCAUUAUCGGGUUCUGGUCUUAGAUGAGCUACUGCGACCAAAUCUGAAUGCGGAAAAAGUUGUUGUACUUCUAAGGGACGACAAUUAUAAAAAUGUAGAAGUAGUUAGACCGAAAAAAACAAAAACUGGAGUAUACACAGGAAAGUUUAAUAUACCAAAAGACGCCGACUUGGGACGAUGGCAAAUUAUUAUCCUGGACUCUGAAGGACAUGAGUACAAAAGUGAUGAUCAUUUAGACAUCUCGGUAGAUGUCAUUCCAUAUAAAUUGCCCAAGUUUGUGGUGACCAUGAAUCCUCCAGAAUAUUUCUCCUAUAACGAUUAUUUGCAAUUUGAAAUAAAUGCAGAAUACAUUUAUGGACCUCGUGUCAAUGGCGAUGUUGUGGUAGUCAUUGAACUACUUAACAAUUAUCAGCCGUUAGGGAAAACAGUCACAAUCAACGGUGGCAACCUGAUCGAUGGAAAGGCUAAGAUUGACGCCAGCCUUAAAGACUUACUCAAUCAUUUCAAUCUUACAAACUCCUAUUACAUGGCCAACGUAACGGCCAUCAUAAACGAAUAUCCAGGUGGAGCAAAGGUUUCUAAGGAGAAACUGUUGCAUCUAGUUCGUAACCGCAAUAAGGCUACCUGUAUUAACAACUCCUGUAUUCGACCUCCGUAUAAUAAAGAAAUUGAGGUUGUUGUUAAGAUCACAACAUUGAACGGUACACUGGUAAAUGAUACUGCAGCACCGCUGAAGCUUAAGUAUUUAGAGAAACUAACGAUUCUCUCUAAUCGGUAUGAGCGAAGUAUUCGUAUUCCAGAGAUUGAAAAUAGAACUUUCUAUUUCGAUGGUAAAAUGAAUGAAUCUGGCAUAGCUGUUUUCAAGGUAAUGAUACCCGAAGCUCCAAAUGACAAGCUUUAUUUACGAGACUAUAAAAUUUGGCUGGAAUAUGCUGGUGAAGAACUUGCCGUGCAGUUAUACUAUCCAGGCUCAAAUCCAGAUCCAGCACCAACUGAAACUCAGAAUGAUGUAAAGAAUAAGAAAGAGUUAACCCUUCAGAUACAUGGACCCAGGAACAGCAAAGGCGAAAUAGUACCAAUGAAAAUUGGAAACGAAUAUCAAGUCACACUUAGCUCUCUACGUCCCUUUAAAUACUUUGAUUAUAACUUAGUUGGUCGGGGUGGAGUCAUUUUACACAAUGAACGAAUCGACUUUACUGAACCUCUAAGGGAAUACAACUUCACCAUUAAGACCACUCAUCUAACAUCGCCUAGGGUGUAUAUCCAUGCCUUUUAUGUAGAUCAGGAAGGAGUUAUGCAAUAUGCGGAAACAAACUACCAGGUCCUUGUUGACCUACCAAAUGAAAUCACUGUAUCUGCUCCUGAAAGUGGAUCUCCCGGGGAAAAGAUUGAUUUGCUUAUUAAAACAGAACCGAACUCUUUUAUUGGUAUUAUGGCUGUCGAUGAAAGGUUAAGGAACUUUAAUUACAUAAUUGGUGAUUUUCCACCCCAUGAUUUGGAUGAAAGAUUAAUUAAUUUCCACACUGCCUCCUCUCUUGAUGGCUCGAAAUCGGGUCUAUUCCUCAUGACCAAUGCCAAUUUGACCAAGAAAAGGUGUUCCCGUUCUAUCCACACUGAAACAAAAUCUCGGAUUGAGACUUCUUUAAAACCUGUAACUCGUCCGAAAAGAUCUGCAGUUGGAGAUGACCUUCCUUGGAACAGUGCGGAAACCUUGAUAUUUGCUGAUAUCGAGAGAACGGAAAAUGAAGUUACAAAAUAUCCAAUAACCCUGCCAAACAAACUGGGUAGCUGGACAUUUACAGUCUUCUCAUUGCAUCCAGAAAAGGGUUUGGGUGUUGCCAAGGAAAUGGUCAAGGUUACAACCUUCCAGCAGGGCUCUUGA